AUAUAUAUAUAUAUAUAUACACAAAUAUAUAUAUGUAUAUAUAUGUAUACGUACAAGCAUUGUGGCUUCAAAUGGACGACCACGUUCAUGUUAUAUAUUCAGAAAAAAAAAGAAAUGAUAGAAAAGAAAUUGUUAUAAUUAUAAAAAAAAAAAAAGAAAAAAAAAAGAAAAACCACAUUGUAAUAUCGUAAAAACUUUUAACAUGUAGACUUGCAGCAGAGAAAAUGUAUGUAUGUGUGCGUGUACGUAUUGCGUGCGUGCAUGUAUUAUUCCUAAUCAAAAAAAUCCUGCCAUACCGUGUCUUCCAAGACAGAAAACUAUAAAACACUAUUGUAAAUUAGAUAAAAAUUAUUUAUAUAUACCUCCGAGACCCAUAACUUAUUAUUGUAUACCAUGUAUAAAUAAGCAACAAAAGAAUGUGCGAGAGUGAAAUAGAAAAGAGAGAGAGAGAGAAAAUAUAAUAUAAACAAUUUCGUACUUUCGUGUGAUUGUGGAUGAGAAAAUAAGCGCGUGUGCAAUUUAUGAAACAUUCUUUUAACAUUACAUACAUACAUACGUACAUUUAGUGAUUAGAUUUAUCCAGUGAAUUUGAUCGACGAGAAAAGUAUUCGAAGGAAUGUCGACGUUGUUUCACAACGAAAAUUUCAUGUUUUAUCUGAAUUACGUAACAAAAUCGUACUUAGAUUUGUUAUGCAAAACAAAAAAAAAGAAAAUGAAUAUGACUUUCUUAAAAAGGAGAUUUGAAAAAAUUUUUCUCGAUCGAUCUCUAUAUAUAUAUAUAUAUAUAUAUAUAUAUGUAUAUAUAUAUAUGUGUGUGUGUGUGUGUGUAAAUAUACAUGUGUGUGUGUGUGUGUGUGUGUGUAUUUGCAUAUACAUAUACAUAUAAAUAAAAUAAAUAAAAUAAUAUACACCGACACUUACACAAGGAAAAAUACACGAAUACGCGAAUGUACAUACCUAACAUUGCACUAAUUUAGUAUUGCCGCUGAGUAUUACAACUAGUCACAUAAGCCAAAAGUUUGUUACUCUCAUAAAAGUUUUCUUUUUUUCCAGUUUUAUAAAUAAAGAAGGUUUAAAAGCCCAUACAAAUGAUGUAUAUCGCACGAUUUUAUAUUUUCGUGAUUGCUAUCAAUCUUAUCCCUUGUUAAAUGUUUGAAUCGAAUGCAUCGUCGAUCUUUCAAAGAGAUUCAAUGCAUGAAAAAGAAAAAAAAGAAAAAAAAGGAAAGAAUGAAUUCUGUCUUUUCAUUUAUAUACGUAAAGUUCGAAGUCGAAGUAAUCGCACAAUCAUCGUACGUUUAGUAUUGCAUGCAACUGCCAUAAGUCUUGCGAUAAGCGAACGGAGAGUCGUGCGCAUUGUGCUGUUGUACGUUUAGAAAGUUACUCCAAAGUUAUUUCUUUUUAUCGUUAAGGAAAUCUAUUUUAUUUCGAUACUCUUUCCGAUCGACGUAAAAAAAAAAAAAAAAGAAAAAAAAAGAAAAAGAAAAAAAAGAAGAGAAAAAAAUAGGAUUUAACAUUAUUUUCUUUUGUGACUUCGUUGACGAAACGUUCAAAAUGUCGAUCUUCAUUUCCCUUUUUCCUUUCUCUUUCGACACGAUCGCUUGAUGACGUCAGUUUAUAUACCACAUUGACUACAAAAAAGGAUCGUGCUAAGAAUUCUAUAAAGAUUUUAUUGAUAUUGGAUUGAUACGCAAGAAGACAUUGAGAACGAUCGUAUAGAACAAGUUUAGAUCGAUGGAAGAGGAUCAAGGAAUAAUGUGGACAAAAGUGAUCGUCUUAAUUCUCAUAUCCCUUUUAAUGAUUUUCGAAGUAAGGACGAAGGAGACGUGUAGCUUGGACAACGAAGAUGUCUCUCUUAGAAGAAGAAGAAGAAAUUAGAUUUCGUUCGUUCGAUUUGAUCAGAUUUCCAACAGUCUCACGUGGGGUUGAUCAUCUCACCAAUGAUGUCGGAAUCAAUGAUUCGUGAACUCGAAAUUUAUUGGAAUCAUCCAAAGUAUCGAUCGGAUAGCGACAGGAUCGCACUUUAUACGGGUGAUCCAGCGAAUGGAUCCGAACCGAUUCUCAUUUUGGAACCAAAAUCUUCGAGUGGUAUAAAGAGUACAGGAAUUCAGGCCGAAUAUCUUCCUACUACGAAUUUGACCUAUCACAGGGAGUGUCUCAAGUAUCACGUUGCUUGGCUGAGGAAUGGUGACCUGAGAAAAGUGAAUUGUCUCGAAACACGCCCCAAUUGGAUGGCCGAGAGAAAAGAAAUUCUAGGUCCUCUUAAGAUGAACAAAAUAUUUUUACCAGGCACACACGAUUCAGCGUCCUAUGCGAUCCACGAACGGGCUGAUCGAGAGAAGAUUAUUGAGAAAUACGUUAUAACGCAGGACAUAGACGUACUCGCGCAAUUGAUAUACGGAGUACGAUAUUUGGACAUUCGAGUUGGACAUUAUCCUCUCACGAAUGAAAUCUGGUGGGCUAAUCAUGGAAUCGUACAGUUGAUACCAUUACGAGUCAUCAUCGAGCAAGUGAAACAAUUUCUCGAUAAUACCGAGGAGAUCGUGAUCUUUGACGUUCAAGAAUUUCCAGUUGGAUUUCAUAAAAACUUGUCCAUACAUCAGCAGUUCGUUAAAUAUUUGGAGAAACAAUUUGUGGGUUACUAUUUACCUUACAAAACCGGUUGGUUCACAACAUUGAAUACGAUUUGGUCCUCGGAAAGAAGACUGAUUAUCGGUUACGAUGAGAAACAAAUUCUCAGCUUUUCCGAAAGCCUUUGGCCUUGCGUUACCCAUCAAUGGGGUAACGUUCAAACUAUCGAUGAUCUAUAUAGAUAUCUUAAUCGUAUCGAAACGUCGAGUCUCUGGGAUUACAAAACAACGCCAAGAUCAGCGAUGGCGGAAUUGACGCCUAACAUGUGGUACGUGAUUUCAAACAGAUUUCAAACAAGUCUUCGUCAAAUGGCCGACAAAGUUAAUGCCAAUGUCACGAAUUGGUAUGCAACAAAAUGGCAAUAUACAGCUAACAUCGUCGCGGUUGACUUUGUAAGGGGUUCUGGCAUCGUUGAGACUUCCAUCGAGUGGAAUGAUCGACGAAACUCAAACUGUUAAAAACAGUAUAAAAAUAUAUUUCAGCUUGAAUCCAUUUGAUUAUACUGUUUACUGAUUUCACUUGAUCAUAACGCUUAACUCUUUUCUCACAUAUUGUCAACGAAAUAGCGAUAUAGACAUUUUUUCUGUCUUUUAUUAUUAACUAUUUUAAUUGGACUAGCCCAUUCUUUUUCCUCGUUUUAUCUCAAAAAAAAAA